AUGCCUCAAUGGCUCGGCUCCAUGACGUACCAGGAUGACCAGUCCCUGGCCGGCGUAUUCACGAUCAAAGGCGAGCAAUGGGUAUUCGAGAACCCGCGAUCAAAACCAGCCGCGACCUUCCAACAUGCUCCGGCUGUUGUGAAUAUCCCCUGGAAGGAGGUCGAAAAUAUCCGCCAUUCCCUCCGUGUGCGUGAGCCCUUUACCGCGAUUAUCAGCGGGUCUACUAUGGAGAUCACUUGGUCGAAUGGGGUUCGAAUCACGGCAAAUGUGCCGCAUUCUGGUGACUAUAGGUAUUUCUCGGGGGAGGGUGGUUGGCGGGCGCAGUGA